CUAGUAUAGAGACGUAUACAUAUAUGUAUAUAUGUUAUAUAUAUAUAUAAUCGUUAAUGUGUGCAUAAGUCCCCCAUGGGCAUGGGGUCGAGGGUGUCGACGUGCAAGUUGCUUGGCCUGAUUGCGAUAUUCGUCGUAAGCUCUUAUCACCUGUAUAUGUCUUUGGGUUCAAUCAACUCGUCGUUCAAUGCCGAUCUAUCGGUGGAAGGAGUGGAGAAAGCAUUCGAUUAUGUGUUGGUGCCGGUUAAGAAUGACACAGGUGUAUUAUGUUAUGUGAAUAUACGCUGUGAGUAUGAAGUAGGAUUAAGGUUCCUUGAUAAUUCCACUGUUGCCUCGGUGGACUGGUCUGAGCUGGUGUUUAGUACGCUGGUACUCUCCAAUUCAACUGCUUUUAAUGGGCAUUUUCAAUAUAUAGCGGACAGCAAUGGUGUUGGGAACUAUAAAAUAGAGUUUACACCUAGAACGUAUGGGAUGCAUGAUAUCAUGCCGCGACUUCUCUACAGUAACAGAACAGCAGCACUGAAUCCUAGUGACCUUAGACAGACCAGUGCACAUGGCGGCGAUGCAAAUUCGAAGUAUUUGGGGUUGUUACCGAGUAAUAAAAUACUGGAGGUGAUGGUCUUAGCAGCAAAUGUAAGCCACCAGGAGAAUGUACUGACAACUGAAUGUCUGAGAAACAACACGGAUGACACAACAGGGCACUGGGUUAUCCAACCGAACGGCGGCAGUCAGUGCGUCGGUCGCACUGUGUUUUCAUACGAUAAGCAGUUUAAUAUGAAGGAGUGUGAGACCUACGACCGGCCAUGCAGGCCUCUUUGGCACAAUGCAGAGUGUGACUAUCCAACUCUGAGCUCAAGUCUGGUCACAGCCUGCUUAUCCAGGUGGAAUAUACAUAUGUUCGGAGAUUCCGUGACACGCCAGAUGGUAUCGUCAUUGGGUCACGCAUUCCCAUCGACGGUACGCUCCCUCCAGGCCAAUGAGACGUCACUCUACCCAUGGGAGGGUUACAGUAACCCACGCAAGAUGGAGUUUCCAAAACUGUUCAAUGAAACAUCAAGGACGGCGCUUCUGGCUCUGAUAGGCGACAAACGCUGGCGGACAGACCGAGACGUUGUAGUCUUCAAUGCCGGAUUACAUGAUGUUGCCUUUUCAACUGCAGAGGAGUACGCUAGUUAUCUGCCGGUUGUGCUCGAGGCUAUGAUUGCGGCCAACUUUAAGCAUCUGAUCUUCAGAAUGACAACCUCGAUACACCCGCACAUGAUACCAGGCGGUCCAAUAGAUAAGCACUGGAAGUUCACUACUGUUCGUGUGGAAGAGUUCAACAACAUUGCUAUCAAGGCCAUCAAGACCCUGAACAAACUCAACUAUGGAAGUACGAAGACACGGAUAGCUAUCAUUAACGCCGAUAAAAUGACAGCAAGCAGAUCUGAUGGCGUCUUAUUCCAAGACAUGCGCCAUUUCUGUCCUAUACUCAUGCUUGAGAUGUGGUCUGUUCUUUUCCAUAAAAUAUGUGACACGUAGCAUUGCCUCCACAACAUGCAAUGAUACAAAUUAUUCCGUUGAGUUGGUUUGAAAUUCCCAGCAAUAAUCGAUGAUGGUCCUAAUGACAUAUCUCAAUACCUUGUUGUUUAGUACCCUAUUAUGUGUGGUAAUGUACAUGACGUCGGCCAAAA